AAGCGUUCUUCCCCCUAAUUGGAAAGCAGAAGGGGGGUAUGCGGUUUCCAGUGACGCGAAUCAACCUGCUCAAAUCGUUGCUGCAAGUCUUAUCGAUUAGUCGAGUCAUGGCAAAUACACGCGGUGCCACCUGCCAGACAUGGCCAAAGGAGCAACCGGCCAUGCCCAGAACAGUCACUGGUAUUGGGCUGCUAAACCAGUGCCGGGAGGUGGAGGAGCCCCGGGUGCAGGUGAAUCUGGACAAGCUCAUGGCCCUAUCGGACAAGUUUCCCGUUGAGUUUCCGACCGACACCUGCCGGGUUAAGGCGCAGCCGGCGGGCCGCUUCGCGAACAUUCAGCAGCAGGUGGCGUCCGCCUAUCCCGUCAUACACGAGCGAACCCUGCUCCUAUACAUCAGCUUCCUGGAGCACAAACUGGAGUUCGGCAACAGCCGGGAGAAGAGCGUAUACAAGGGCAUGUCUCUGGUGGGCUUUGUGCAGCGUCUGCUGAGCAAACGAUGUGUGUGGUUCUUCGGUGGCGGGGACUACUACCGUCUGCUGGACGGUAGCGUUGGUUUUGAGGGCUUCGAGUCGGUGGGCAGCGCAACAGAAGUGCCACCUCUCCUGCUGGCCGACGUGCUCAGCUACGACGAGAUCAAGCUGUCGGCCCUCCUCUAUGUCUCCACGCACUCGGAGUUCAUCAACAACGGACGACGGUCCAAUGCCGGCGAGGUGACCCAGGACAAGAGCACCAUCGAGAGGGAGGGCGUCAUCGUGGGCCUGAUCGGUGCCCGCUUCGAGCGUCCCCAUGUGAUGGAGUACCAGGACAUUAUCAUCUCGCCCACACAGAACAUUGAGGCCAAUGGCUAUGGCUUCGACUCGACCGAGAAUGCCACUCGCGCCUCCGACUACCGGCGGCUCUGGCGCGGGUUCUAUGAGGAGCCGAGGGACUUUAAAUACACAGAAGCCGCGGUGGAUGGGCAGCGUUUCUCAUGUGCUGAGCCCGGCGAUCUCAUCUUCGACAAUCUGAUCAUGAAAAAGCGGUACGCCAUCAGCUUCGACACCCUGCUGCUGGAGGCCCAAGCCCGUGGUGUGGCGGCAGGCAAGCCCGCCUACAUCCAUGUCGUGGGCAUCGGUCUGGGCGUGUGGAAGGUAACCGAGAAGCAGGAGGAGCUCUUCUUCCAGGCCUUCGAGGAGCGGCUGCUGGCCCUGGGCGAUCGCCUCACCCACAUCGGGGUGGUGCAUUUCUCGUGGUUCCACCUGGAGCGGGUGCGCAGCCUGCACGACGGCGCCACCAUGCCGCAGACGGGCAUCCGCAUACGCAUCUCCGCCCGCAAUCCGGCCGACAAGCUGGACGAGGACAUGCUGCCGGUGGUUACCUAUGCCUGGGAUGGCAAUGCCCUGCCCGGCAAUGAAUUCUGGGCGGGAAAUCUUGUCGGCACUGGCGAUCCAGCGGCCGCCUGUUCGACACUCAUCUCGGAGCUGCAGAAUCCCCACAUCAAUGCGGACUACAUGAGCGGCCACAACCUGCACAUAGCCUCAGUGGAGCACGGCCUACUGCACAUCGGGGAGUACGCCCGGCGAGUGACUACCACUGCGGAUGGAUAGCGCAUUAAUCCCACUAUCUCACGUCCACAAUCUUCCAGAUUCGUUAUCUAUUUUUAAGUAUUGCACUUGAUUUGUAUCAGCUUUCGAAAUGUCUUUUCUAUAAUAACCAUUUAUACAAUUCCAUAUCUAA